AUGGAGCUAUUAGCUGCGCAGAACGAGCACCGUGGGCCGACGCAGCAACAAGGGGCGUUAUGGCCGCCCACACCGCCACCAUCGGCACACACAAACCCCUUCCUGACCCCCGCGGACACGAACCCCAACUCUGCUAACUGGAGCUAUGAGCACAUUGUGAAGGAAGUGGACGCUGCUUAUGGGCCGCAGUCAGAGCACGCUGCAGCUGUUGGCAUCGAGCUGAGGCAGAGAGUCAGGAAACAAGGUGAAACCAUGCACACACUCCGAGACGACAUCUAUGAAAAGGUCGCUAUUGUGUAUGGUGACCGUACUGAACUGGAACAGGACUGUAUAGCUGUGGAGAUUUUCACUAAUGCGAUGACCGACGCUGACAUUAUCCAAAAGCUCCUUGAAGAGAAGCCUCGUACACUCGCUUGUGCCUAUGACAUUGCCCACCGGUACGAGACCACAAAGAGAGCAGCCAGGGCCGUAACACAGAUGAUGCGUCCAGGGCUGGGUCCCCGCGGCUCGGCAGCAAGAGCGGCUGUGGUAUUGGAGGAUGCUCCAGCCUCUGAAUGCGAUCAACCAAGACUUAGCGCUCUGUUGGAUUCUGGAGCGAGACGAAACGUGCUGCCCCUACACCAUUUCAACUCUCUGCCAACCCAGUCCAGGCCGCCUGUACAGCCAUCCAUCGCCAAGGUUCUGCAGGGAAUAGGGCCUGAAGGUUUAUCUAUCCUGGGUGAAGUUGUCUUGCCUGUCUUCGUGGGGAGCAGAACAACGGAUGUAGAUUUCAUUAUGGCCGACACCGCCCGAAGCACCGAGGUCAUCCUGGGACAUCCCUUCCUGCGUCAGUCCAAUGCAUGCCUGGACUACGGCCGCCGAGAGAUAUCCCUCUUCAACGUAAAAGUUCCACGCUACGACCCCAAUUACCAGCCUGCUGCCGCCCAUGUCGUCCGGAUUGCCCGCACCACUGUCCUGGAACCUGGUCGUGAGUAUGUGGUACCUGGGUCCGCCAGCCUCCGCUCUCAAACCGGUGGCGACCUGAUGCUCAGUCCAACCAAGGCCUUUAUCGAGAAACACUGUGUCCUGGUGGCCCAUGCGGUCGUCCAACCACUAAAGUCCGCCGGCAUUCCCAUCCGAGUCUUCAACCCUGGGUCUACGCCUGUCACCCUGAAGAGAGGAACCGUGGCCGGUGUCCUCCAGCCUGCCGACCACCGUGCCGCCGAGGUGGUGGCCACCCUUGAGUCGGCGCCAACCUUGCCCCCGUCUAAGCCGGGGCCCAUUAACUCUGUUUCUGUCCCUUCCCACUUGCAGGUCAUGUAUGGUGAGAGCUGCUCCAUCUUGUCAGAGGGUGACUGCAACAAACUCGCCCAUCUGCUACAUUCCUACGCCGAUAUCUUCUCUACUGGCCCUACUGACCUCGGCCGCACCAACAUCGUGCAACAUGACAUCCAGACCCUGCCAGGGCCUCCAGUCAAGCAGCCUCCACGCAGAAUGGCCACCGACAAGCAGCUCGCCGCCGACCAGCAGCUUCAACAGAGUCUCGACGCGGGGCAGGUUUUAGUGGGGGUAGUGGGGCCUAACCCUGAGCUUCCCUUAGUGGGGGUGGGCGACUUAAACAGCUGUGACACAGUCUAUCCAAGUGUCCACAGUGUGAAUGAGACACAACAGACUUUGUUUCAGGGCUGGACCGUAGAGCAGCUCACCACAGCUCAAAAGACAGAUCCUGACAUUGCGCCGGUUUGGCAGUGGGUAGAUAGCGGGUGUAGCCGCCCGCCAUGGUCCACCAUUGCUCCCUACAGUCCAGCCACAAAGGCCUACUGGUCACAGUGGAAAAGACUUUACAUGAAAGAUGGGGUAUUGAUGAGAAAGUUCUUCUCUUCCGAAGGCCAGACAUUUUUCCCUCAAGUCCUCCUGCCCCACGCAUUACGUAAAGCAGUUAUGGAGCAGAUGCACGAUGGUCCAGUUGGGGGCCAUUUUGGGGGGGAAAGGACUCUAGCUCGUGUUAAAACCAGGUACUUUUGGUACAAUAUGAGAGACGAUGUGACAUUGUGGUGCCGCACGUGCACCAGAUGCGCUGCCAAGGCCCGUCCAAAGAAGACGCCACAAGCUGCUAUGGGCACCGUGCGGGUCGGGGCACCUAUGGAGAGAAUCGCAGUUGACCUUAUGGGACCUUUAAAUGAGACUGACAGACAUAAUCGCUUCAUUUUAGUUGUGCAGGACUAUUUCAGUAAAUGGGUUGAGGCUUAUCCGGUUUCCAAUGAGCAGGCAUUAACGGUAGCUGAAAAGAUUGUCUCAGAGUGGGGCAUGUGUGAACUGUUGGGCAUUGAAAAGACUCGUACAACCCCCUUUCACCCACAGUCAGAUGGGCAGGUGGAGCGCUUUAACGCCACUCUACAGAAAACACUCGCAGCUACUGCAGAAAGGGAAAUCACUGAGCCCAUCGACUUAGUGGUUGGGCUCCCCCCAAAUGACACUAAUUCUAGCUUGAAACCUGACUAUGUCGUAAAUCUCCGAGAGCAACUGGAGCGCUCGCACCAACUUGCACGAGAGGCUCUGGGAAAGGCCUCUGAAAGAGCAAAGAGACAGUAUGACAAGAACAUUUGCCAAACUCAGUACCUGGUCGGUUCUGCGGUGUGGUACCUAGUCAAAGGCACCAAACGAGUAAGACACAAGGUCCGCAAGUUCCUGCCGUCCUACGAGGGCCCUUACUUUAUCGUGGGUCAGCUGGACGACUUGGUGUACCAGAUCCAGAAAGGUCCAAGGAAAGCUCAAACCUUUCCAUUCCAGAGCCCUGCUCGACAACAGCUGGGUUUUCCAGAGAAACGACACACCAACACCACUGGAGGUGUCUCCCCCUGUGUCUGA